CACACACGGGCUGUGGUGCGUGGAGCUGCAAUCUCGAAAAGCCAAGGGUCGUUUACAUGAUCUGCACAUCCUGACACAGCUACAAAGAGCACACACUGGAGAACUGCAUCAAUUAACCCUCUCUGGCUCUUCUCCAGCCAAACCCCCACUCUUCCCUUCCCUGCUUUUCGAGCGCUGGAGCUGGAUACGCCGCAAUGUGUCCACCGGCAAACAAGGGCGGCAGCAGCCCGAGAGCUUUGCUAAGGAACAAAGAGAAAACUGCACAUGGACUCUGCUAAUCACUUAAGUCAUCAAAAGAAUGGAAGAUAAAGGACAGCAAAAAAGAACAAGCUUAUUUCUAUAUAUAUUUUUUAAUACGUGGCAAGAAUGAUUCUUCUCCUCCAUUCAAGAUUUGAAGAAAAUACCUGGGUAAGAAAUAUAGUUUUCCCAAAAUAGAAAUUCUUCAUCUUGGUCUUAGAAGAAACCUAAGUGCUAAGCAAAAGCACACAAAGAGACAAGAUUUAGAAAAAUUAUAAAAACCAAAACCAAAUGAGCAACUUGUUUUCCAGAAAGCAGUGAAAAAUCUUAUCUUAAAAUCCACCGUGUGAUGAAAAAGAAAAUUACAAAGGAUCUCCCUGGCUGCAAAGUGAACUCUACCAAAAUGCAAGAGAAAGAGCUAUUGAUUUGUGUCCUAUCAUCUUCUGAAACUUGAACCUCCCUAAUAAAGGGGAGACCAGACCACUGAACCCCACCAACCAGAGAUGGACACAACACAAGACUUUCAGUUUUAAGACCUAAUUGUGCCCAGCAAGGCACAGGAUAAAAAAAAUACUGGAUACCAGCUUGGACGUGGUCACUGUAUCUCAAAAUAGCAGAUGACCAGUUUGCCAUACUGACCAUGCUGGCCUUUCUUCAGGACCAUCCUGGACCAGUGAGGAACAGCGAACUCUUACAGCGGACGCGAUUCCUGUGCAAAAUACAGCUCCUGAAUACCUUCUGCUGGACACAAAAAUGUCCUAUCCCUUACAUUUCUUGAACGGGUCUGGAGCUGGCAAUGGAUCUUUGUCGCCUCUCUCAGUAACAGCAGAACCCAAGCAGGACGAUCCAAGUGAUGAACAAGGAAACAAAGUGUGUUGGGCAGCGUUACUGAUUCUCCUGGUGAUAAUCCCCACCAUUGGGGGGAACAUACUUGUCAUACUGGCCGUGUCUCUGGAGAAGAAGUUGCAAUAUGCCACCAACUACUUUUUGACGUCCUUGGCGGUGGCAGAUUUGCUCGUGGGUCUGUUUGUGAUGCCGAUUGCCCUUCUCAUAAUAUUAUUUGACAACGCCUGGCCUCUCCCAACUGCCUUGUGUCCUAUCUGGCUGUUCCUUGACGUCCUCUUUUCCACAGCUUCCAUCAUGCACCUCUGUGCCAUCUCACUAGACCGCUAUAUUGCGAUUAAAAAGCCAAUCCAGGCUAGUCAGUACAAUUCAUGGGCUACAACAAUCAUCAAAAUCAUCGUGGUUUGGCUCAUUUCAAUAGGCAUUGCUAUUCCGGUCCCUAUCAGAGGCAUUGAAGAUGGAAAUGGCAACUCUACAAACAUCACGUGUGUCCUGGCGCCAGAUCGUUUUCCUGACUUCAUUCUGUACGGAUCAGUGGCUGCGUUCUUCAUUCCCCUCGCUAUCAUGAUAGUGACUUAUUUUCUGACAAUCCAAGUGCUGCGCAAGAAGGCCUACCUGAUCAACAAGCCACCUCAGCGUUUCACUUGGUCCACAGUGUCCACGGUGUUUCAGCGUGACACAACACCUGCCUCCUCGCCAGAAAAGGUGGCCAUGCUGAAUGGCUCCAGAAAGGACAAGACUUUGUCCAGUGACAUGCCCAUCUGCAGAACCUCUACAAUUGGGAGGAAGUCCAUGCAAACAAUAACCAACGAGCAAAGGGCAUCAAAAGUUCUUGGGAUUGUGUUUUUUCUUUUCUUGUUGAUGUGGUGCCCGUUCUUCAUAACAAACAUAAGUUCAGUUCUGUGCAACUCCUGCGACAAGGAGGUUUUUCAAAAGCUUAUGGAGAUAUUUGUUUGGAUAGGAUAUGUAUCCUCAGGAGUGAACCCUCUUGUCUAUACACUCUUCAACAAAACAUUUAGGGAAGCUUUCAGCAGGUAUAUCACUUGUAACUAUCGGACCACAAAGCCUCUCAAGGCCCUUCGGAAGCGCUCCAGCAGGAUCUCUUUCAGAAGCUCUGUGGCAGAAAAUUCCAAGCUCUUUGUCAUGCAUGGGAUGAGAAAUGGGAUUAACCCCAUUAUGUACCAGAGCCCAAUGAGGCUGAGGAGCUCACCCAUCCAAACCUCAUCGGCCAUUCUGCUGGAUACAUUGCUGCUCACAGAGAAUGAAGUUGAUAAAACAGAAGAACAAGUCAGCUACGUAUAGUGGAAUGGCAGCCAUGUCCACAUCAUAGUAUUACUGUAUAUGUAUUAUUCUAGGUAACUGUGCUGUAAGAGGGUAUAAAUACUAUUGUUUUCUGUUAUUUAUGCAAGCAAUAUCUUAUAAAUUUAUAUUAAUUCCUCUCCUCCUAAGUCUCCUCUACUUUAACCCCAACCCCGUGGUGACAACCACAACCUCAUUCCACGAUAAGUGACCAAUGUCUACAGCCUGUAGCCUACAGGAAGAGGGAAAUAAAGAAGAGCUAAAGCAG